AUGGCGGCUGAAGAUCACCCCCGCGGUGGUGAUGGCGAAGGUUUGGCGCCCACAUCGGCACUUGUUGCAGGCUGGACUCACGACUCGCCAGGUGCAAGCGACGAACUCGAAAUGGCGGGCAACACCGUGCUGACAUCCGUGCUGCCCACAGAUGACCCCCAUCACGCGCUGACGUCGCAGACCCUGAACGCCGAUGGCACUCCCAAGCGGCCCAUGAACGCCUUCAUGAUUUUCGCGCGCAAGCGACGGCCGCAGAUCUCGGCCGCGAACCAAAUGAUGCGCACGGGUGAUAUCAGCAAGAUCCUGAGUAAAGAGUGGAACGCGAUGGAAAUGGCGGAGAAGAAGUUUUACCUCGACCAAGCGAAGAAACUGAAGGACAACUUCAACAACAAAUACCCAGACUAUGUCUACCGCCGGCGGCCUAACAACUCGCGCAAGAAGCGCAAACCUGACGCAGAUGCGCAGUCCCCCACCGAACACUCCGUCGGUGGCGACACCGACGACGCGUCGGUCGACGAUCCAUCUCCUGUGGAUGCAGAGGACCAAUCUCGGGAUCCGCAUUCUGCACCGUAUCUGUAUCGUCCUUCGUCAGGGACGACUGGAAUGUAUGAGAGCGGGGAUUCUUUCCUAUCAUCGCAAGCAACACCUUCAUAUCCAUAUGUUGCAGACAUUCCACCGGCACAGUAUGGUCAAACUCCGAGGUUGUCCCACCCAGACCAAUCGCUGCCACAAAAUUCAUUAACUCCCCUUCGGAUACCCUCGCUCGCAGAAACCGUCGCUAGUGCUCAGGGACAGGGCUUGUCAUAUUCGGCUUCUCGCGGGAGCUCGAGCCAGGCGACGAUUACCAGCCCAGUACACGCUUCGCAUUCACCACAAGCCUACUGGGACCCUCGACAUGCCGGCAGACCAGAUGAGGGCAGGUCAAACUGGCCCUCGCUGGACAUGUCCGUGUCGCCGCAGCAGAGGACUGUGCCGCCCAAUCGGUCGGAUGCCUUUUCCUCUCAGGUUCCACAGCGCCCCUGGUCGAGCUCGGCAUCCUCAGCAACUUCUAGCAGCUCUGGAGGCGCAUCCGGCUCGCACUACGCGAACUCUCAAUUCCCGACGCUCACGUCGCCCUUCUUCCCGUCCCAGUCCCCGAUCCAGAGGUCUGCGGAGGCCGUCUCACCGUCUCCCUCGUCGCACCCCAGCAGCUCCCCAGAAUACUUCUCCCGGGCUUCCUACCCGGGCGCGACGUCUACCGUGCCGUCAGUACCGCAGCCAGGCGGGUCUGGGUACCAGCUCCACCACGGCACUUCGUCGCAGUGGGGACCCCAAUACCCUCGUGCCGGAAACGAGGCACAACAGCGUUCCUUGCCCGCACUGCAGCCCAUCUCCACUUACCCUCUACCGUCGACGAGCAGCGCCUCUCCUCCGCCGUCGAGUGCAGGUGCACACUCGUCCCACAUUCCAUACUGGGAUCGGUCUAGGUACGAUGGACGGUGA